UGGGAAGAGAAGCCCCCAGGGCCUCUGAAGGCUUGCGCGCAGAGCUCUCUCCUUCCUCAAGAGAUUAUCAUCAAGGUCGAGAGAGAAGAUGCUGGGUCACUGGCCGUCCCAUCCCAGGAAGGAGUGAACUUCAAAAUUGUGACUGUGGACUUCACUCGGGAGGAAGAGCGCACUUUGAAGCAUGUUCAGAGGACCCUGGACAGAGGUGUGAUCCUGGAGAACCACAAGGACUUGGUAUCUUGGGACUCAGCAACUGCAUUUGAAAGAAGAGAAUCGACAUCAAAGCAGAGCAUUUUUGAUGACGAACCACCUUGUGGAGUGAAGACAGAAAGGUUGACAAGAGAUGAUCCUUGGUUAUCUUCAUGUGAAGAAGUUUGGGUUUGUAAGGACCGGUUGGAGAGGCAACAGGAAAAACAAGAGAGACUUUUGAAGAAAGUAGCAUUCACUCAAAAGAACGCUGUUACUCAUGAAAGAGUCUGCAAAAGUGAUGAAGUUGAGGAGAAGAAUGGUCUGAAUUCCAGUCUCCUUUCACCUCAGAUGAUACCCAUAAGAAAUCAUUUUCAUAAAUGUGCCUCACAUGUAAAAAAAUUACAUCGUAAUUCUGUUGUGAACAGUCAUGAGAUGAUUAAUGACAGUGAGAAACUAUAUGAAAAUAAUGACUGUAGAAACCCCCCCCAGAGUGUUCACUUUAUUCAGUUUACAAGAACUCAAACAGAAGACAAAUCUUAUGGAUUUAGCAACAAUAUUCAAUCUUUUAGCCAUAGGACACCCCUAAAUAUGCAUGAGAAAAUACAUGCAAGAGGAAAACCCUUUGAUUUUAAGGAAUGUGGGCAAGCUUUGAACCAUAGCGUAUCCCAUAGUGAACAACAGGGAAUCCCUGUUGAAAAGAGUCAAUAUAAGUACAGUAAAACCUCCCAGAGUUCAUCCCUUGUGCAAAACAUGAGAAAUUCUGAAGAGAAACCCUUUGAAUGUAACCAGUGCGGGAAAUCCUUCAGCUGGAGCUCUCAUCUUGUUGCGCAUCAGAGAACUCAUACAGGAGAGAAACCUUAUGAAUGUAACGAAUGUGGGAAAUCCUUCAGCCGGAGCUCUCACCUUGUUUCUCAUCAGAGGACUCAUACUGGAGAGAAACCUUAUAGAUGUAAUCAGUGUGGGAAAUCCUUUAGCCAGAGCUAUGUCCUCGUUGUGCAUCAGAGAACUCAUACUGGAGAGAAGCCUUAUGAGUGCAAUCAGUGUGGAAAGUCAUUCAGGCAGAGCUACAAACUUAUUGCACAUCAAAGAACUCAUACUGGAGAGAAGCCCUAUGAAUGUAAUCAGUGUGGGAAAUCGUUUAUCCAGAGCUAUAAACUUAUUGCACAUCAAAGAAUUCAUACUGGAGAAAAACCCUAUGAAUGUAAUCAGUGUGGAAAGUCCUUUAGUCAGAGUUAUAAGCUCGUUGCCCAUCAGAGAACUCACACAGGAGAGAAACCCUUUGAAUGUAAUCAGUGUGGAAAGUCCUUCAGCUGGAGCUCUCAGCUUGUCGCGCAUCAAAGAACUCACACAGGAGAGAAACCCUAUGAAUGUAACGAGUGUGGGAAAUCUUUCAACCGCAGUUCUCACCUUGUUAUGCAUCAGAGAACUCACACAGGAGAAAAACCCUAUGAAUGUAAUCAAUGUGGGAAGUCCUUCAGCCAGAGUUACGUUCUUGUUGUUCAUCAGAGAACUCAUACUGGAGAAAAGCCCUAUGAAUGCAAUCAGUGCGGGAAAUCUUUCAGGCAGAGUUCAUGCCUUACUCAACAUCAGAGAACUCAUACUGGAGAGAAACCGUAUGAAUGCAGUCAAUGUGGAAAAACAUUCAGCUUGAGUGCUCGACUUAUUGUACAUCAAAGAACACAUACUGGGGAGAAACCCUUUACAUGUCAUCAGUGUGGGAAGGCUUUCAUUAAUAGCUCUAAACUUAUUAGGCAUCAGGCAACUCAUACUGAAGAGAAACCCUAUGAAUGUAACUAAUUUGGAAGAUUUUCAGCCAGAACGUAUUCCUUCCUCCCCUCUCCUUCUCUUUCUUUUAGAAGCGAGCACUUGUAUUGGAAAGAACUAGUAUAAAAAUUGGGAAAGUUUUCAGUUAACCCUCUGUUGUUGUGUAUCUGGAAAUUUGUUCUGGAGAAAAAAGAGGGGGACUAUGGAUUACAUAUUUUACUUAGCAAUUUCACAUACAGAAUCAAACUUAGCUCUUAUGACACAUUGCCAACAACAACAACAAAAUAAUAAAUAUUGGCACUUUUCCUUGCAGAAAGCACUCAGACCUGAUUCUGAGAGAAUUACCAUAAAACGGACAACAUGCUCUGGAGUGAUGGCCAGUGAGGUAGAUCUCUUUUCCAAUAAAGAGUAAAUGAGAAUGCAAACACUAGUAGGUUUGUUUUUGAGGUUGACCAAUUGCUGUAGUUAUUAGGAAUUAAGCUUAAAAACAGUAUUUUAGUGUAUCAUCUUACAAUAUGAUUUCCCCUCUAGCUACUUUAUAUCCUCUCUCAUACAGCACUUUCUCUUACAUGUGAAGAUUUUGUAAAAAUUAGGAAAAUGGCUAUGAUAUUAAGGAAAAAUGCAGAAGAAUAUAGAACAUUUAUUUCUAGAACCAUUGUGAUAAGGUAGUUGUGUACAGAUCAGAAUUGAAAGGAAUUCUAGGUGUAUCUAUUUGAUUUUUAGAUUUAUGCCUGGUUUCCUUCUUUUGAAAUGUAUAAUGUUUUGACAUAAUAAAUGAUAUGAGUAAAAAUUAGUUAAAAACAAAAAGAAAAACACAAAGGUUUUCUUCUCCUUUGACUCUUUAAGAAAGACUGGACAGUCAGAUAGCCAGGAUUCCUCAGGGUUCUGAGAUUUCUGUUUGGGUUAGUAUGAUUAGGUUACUCUAUAGAACUUAGAUCCCCAGGAAUAUUCUUCAUUGAAAAUAAAAUAUUUCCGGGGGAAUGUGGAACUGGAAAUCUAAGCCAAAAGGGUUUCGAUAUGAGGAACUAAGAAUGCAUGGGCAGUGUAAGAGCCAAAUUGGCUUUUUUCUUCUUUUUUUCAUAUAUUCAAAGCAGUGUAAAGGAGCUCUGUUUUUAAGGUGUUUUUUUUCCCUCCAUUCCUGUAGAUUGUCUUUUUUCUCUGGGAAAUCUUCCCUAAUGUAAGAGUUUUCUGAGUGGGAAGGCACUGCCCUGGCUAAAAAUGCUCAUUACCUAAAUUAAACUUGCAAGAAAGUCUUUGGUGAGGUAAGACUUGUAGCUUCUCAUUAAUUCUUUUUUUUUUUUUUUUUUUUUUUUUUUUAAGAUUUGGUUCACAUGUCUUUCUGGCUUUGCCCCUGAAUCAUGAAUUCUAAUUCUGUGGGUUAUGAACCCAAAACCUCUGAUUCCAGAGAGUUAAUAAAUAAUAGUUUGAGAGUUUAACUGAGAGACCAGAUAAUAGAGGUAGAUUCCCAGGAGAAAGAAAAAGCUAAAAUGAUAUCUUAUAGGGGAUGGUCACCCUUGUAAAAUCCUGUCCCCAUGAGAUGACCCUAAGUGGAUCCAUCUCUAUGGAGAUUAAGCCAGAGAGUACAGCACACCUGAAAUGACAACUUCUGGGGGGACAAGUUUUGAUGGCUGCAAAACUGGCUCCCCACCUCAAGAGACUCUUCACUCAGUCCGUGAGCGCACAGAUGGAGGACUAGCAAGGGUUCUCCAUGCAUUGCCUUUUUGAGAACAACAUAAAUUGUGGGAACUAAUUUAGCAAUGGGACCUAUUAGGCUCUUUUCUUCACGGUUAUAGGUGAAAUCGAUGCCACUGCUAGGUACAAGCACAUGAUUUUCACUGGGCAUGUCGAAUCUUACUUUGAAGGCAAGAAGCCAUGAAUUCACAAAUAAGUAUAAAGACAGAUGGGCUAAGAAGGAGGGCUCAGAAGAUUUCAAGUUUGGGAAGUGGUAUAUUGCAAAGUAAUCCUUUUGGUAAAUGUUAAAUAUUUCAUUGAAAAUGUGAAACUGACAAAACUACAAAAAUUUUUGAAGUGUGUGCAUGCGUGUGCGUGUGCGCGUGUGUGCGUGUGUUCCUGACCAGAUUGAAUAUGUGAGGCAUCAGUGUGCACCAAGUCGUAAGUAUUAUAUGUUUGCCAAGUGUUUUGAAUAAGACAGAUUCAAUAAAUAAACAAAAAUGUUAAUUUCUA